GGUCAGACACCGAGCACUUUCCGAGAGUUUUGAGAUCAGCAAGCGAGGAAAAGUUUUGAGCAGCGGACUUACGGCUUCUCCUGUCAGCUCCAGUGUGUGUGUGUGUGCGUGUCGUGCGGGUGAGAGGCUGUACAAUCCUCGGCAGUGUUCUGAGACUGUACGGCCCUGACCCCCACCCCCCCACACACACCCCCUUCCUCCUCCUCCUCCUCCUCCUCCUCCUCCACCACCAGCCCGGACGGCCACAACCAGCCUGCUGCUGUGGACUAUUAAUGACCCGAUCUGUCAGAGGACUCCCUGCGCACUUCGAUGUAACACCUACACGCUUCACUCCCUUUGACUCUGAAGUUGGACUUAACGCUACACUUUGGUGGGAUUACAACGUUUUAUAUCGCGCAUUAGAGACGACAUGACGGCCGACAAGGAGAAGAAGAGGAGCAGCUCGGAGCGCCGUAAGGAGAAGUCUCGCGACGCCGCUCGCUGCCGCCGCAGCAAAGAGACGGAGGUUUUCUACGACUUGGCUCGCCAGCUGCCUUUGCCCCACAGCGUCAGCUCUCACCUGGACAAGGCCUCCAUCAUGAGGCUGGCUAUCAGCUUCCUGCGCACACGCAAGCUGCUCGCCACAGGCUGCAGCAGCAGUGACAGCGACGAGGACAGACGGAUGGACAGUCUGUACCUGAAGUCCCUGGAGGGCUUCGUCACCGUGGUAACGUCAGACGGCGACAUGAUAUUCCUGUCCGAGAACAUCAACAAGUUCAUGGGGCUCACGCAGGUGGACCUCACGGGUCACAGCAUCUUUGACUUCACCCACCCGUGUGACCACGAGGAAAUCAGAGAAAAUCUGAGCCUGAAGACAGCUGGCAGCGGCUUCGGCAAGAAAGGCAAAGAGCUGAGCACCGAGCGAGAUUUCUUCAUGAGGAUGAAAUGCACGGUGACCAACAGAGGACGCACCGUCAACCUCAAGUCCGCCAGCUGGAAGGUGCUGCACUGCACCGGACAGCUCAAGAUGUACAACAGCUGCCCUCCGCGAGGGCUCUGCGGCUUCAAAGAGCCUCCACUCACCUGCGCUGUCCUGAUGUGCGAACCCAUCCCACACCCGUCCAACAUCGACACGCCGAUGGACAGCAAGACCUUCCUGAGCAGACACAGCAUGGACAUGAAGUUCACCUACUGCGACGAGAGGGUAACCGAGCUGAUGGGUUACACUCCUGAGGAUCUGCUGGGUCGUUCAGUCUAUGACUUUUACCACGCCCUGGACUCCGACAGCGUCACCAAGAGCCACCACAACCUGUGCACCAAGGGUCAGGCAGUGAGCGGCCAGUAUCGCAUGCUGGCCAAGAACGGAGGCUUCGUCUGGGUGGAAACGCAGGGAACUGUUAUUUAUAACAGCCGCAACUCCCAGCCGCAGUGCAUCGUGUGCAUCAACUACGUGCUCAGCGAAAUCGAGGAGAAGUCGACAAUUUUCUCCUUGGAGCAGACGGAGGCCUUGUUCAAGCCGCGCCACAUGAGCAGCUUCUUCACUGCUGGAGGUGCAGGUGUGACCGGAGAGCCGGGAGACGUCCUGUUCACCAAGCUCAAAGAGGAGCCGGAGGACCUCGCCCAGCUGGCUCCAACACCAGGAGACACGAUCAUCACCCUCGACUUCGGUCGUCCUCAGUUCGAGGAGCCCCAGCAGCCAGCAGGAUACAGCCAGGUUUCUGCCCCGGGUCUGGCCCCUCCAGGACCUCCUUCCUGGAGCGGCGAGAGCCACAAGCCUGCCCCUGCAGCAUCAGGCCAAACCCCGGGUCCGGUCCCGAGGGACAUGGCUAACAUGGCGGCUCCGUUCACCGCCCAGCAGAACCCGCCGACGGGCAGCGCCACUCCGAGCCUCAGCAGCUGCUCCACGCCCAGCAGCCCAGGUGAUUACUACAGCUCUGUGGAGAACGAGCUGAGGGUGGAGCUGACGGAGAAGCUGUUUGCUCUGGACACAGAGGAAAGCGACAGUCCUGCAAACACUGAGAGGGACUUGAGCGACUUCGAUCUGGAGACUUUGGCUCCUUACAUCCCAAUGGAUGGCGAGGACUUUCAGCUGAAUCCCAUCAUCCCAGACUCUGAGCCCCUGGAGGGGGGUCCAGCAGGAUCCAUGGGGAGCAACAGCAGCAUCAACCAAAAACACCAGAGCUUCAGUAACAUCGCCAGCCUCUUCCAGCCCCUGUCGCCGCCUCCUCAGCCCCCAGGCCACUACCAGCACCAGUCGGCCGCGUCCUGGGCCGCGAGGGAGAAGAGAGGCUCCAGUCAGAGGCCCAUGGACCCCCGAGCAGGAUCCUGCAUGAUGGGUCACGUGCAGAAUCCACCAUGCCAGGCUCCAGCCAGCACCCCCCUGUCCUCCAUGGGCGGCAGGCAGAAUCUGCAGUGGCCACCGGACCCUCUGUUAACGUACCAACAGCAGCCUCGAGCCUCCAAGGCCUUCCUGAUGGACACUUUGUCAGGGGACGAGCGGCUGUCCUGCCAGCAGAACGUGUCACAUCUCAUGCAGAAACAGAGGUCUAUUGACAACUUUGUACAGGCCUACAGAGACAUGAGUCCAGCCAGAGUGGCCAUGACCAACAGCAUCAAGCGCUCCUUCACCCAGAUGGCUGUGGAUGAAAAUAAGCCGUCAGAAAUCAUCUGGAAGAAGAUGAGGGAUGACAGCUGUGGCGCCAUGGACCGCUCCCUGAGCACAGGAUCGCUGACGGAGUUGGGGACAGGGAGGAUGAUGGCAGGCGGCAUGUCGUCACGUCUCAGCUCUCUGCAGCAACACAGGAAGUCUCAGUAUCCAGGAAGCGGGAUAGCUGGUGCAAAUGAGAAACCCUUCCCCCAAAAGAGCUGCAACUACUCACAGUAUAGCAUGCUGCCUUCAAAGACUGAGGGUAUUGCCAGUCGUCUGCUGGGCCCUUCGUUUGAGUCCUCCUGUCUGCCGGAGUUGACCCGUUACGACUGUGAGGUCAACGUCCCGCUGCAGGGUAACCUGCACCUCCUCCAGGGCUGUGACCUGCUGAGAGCCCUGGACCAGGCCACCUAGAGCCCCAGAUCCAAACCCCACCAUAGACCCGGACUCUCUCAGCCCGGGACUUAAUCCUCUUUACCUUCAUACCGCUGGGCCUUCUGAGAGCCCUGAGGCUAAGCUACCUAUAGGGAAUGGUAUUCAUAACCACAUCCUGUCUCAUUCAGCGUAUUUGGCUCAGCCCCGCACUCUCCAUACAGCUCUGUACCUAGACCAUCUAAACAAGCUACCAUAUCAGGGUCAAGCCACUUAGUCCCCCUUUUUUCUCCCCAAGCUCUCGACUCAAAUCCUAUGCGGGUUGACCACCAGUGUACAAAAGCUGCCAUGCAUUCGAGCCACCCACACACACACACGAAAGAUAAUACGAGUCACUUGGUGAAAAAAGGUCAGCGCGGGACAUUUAUCUAACAGAGUACACAACACUCAAUCUGACCUGCGUCAAAAAGUCUCGACACUGGGAUUUAUCGCUGGUCAUCGCGUUUGGUCUCAGCUCAGCUCUGGGGUCCGGAAACACACGACGGGGCUUUGGUGUAAGAAGGCGAAUUAGUGACAGUGGAUCCAAACACACAACCCGCCUGAAAGCUCGGCCCAAACGUCUGCAGCCAGACACCCUGACCGCCUGCGCUCAGCCAGGCUGCAUAUGGGAUCCAAACCUACAACCUGGUCUCCGUCACAAACCUACACCCUGAUGCGAACUCUAUGCAGCUCAGCUCCCAGCCCUGCCUUCCCUUUAUCGGCUUCCUCAUGUAGCUCAGAGGAGAAGAUAUCAAUCCCUACACCGUGUUCUUUCACUUCACGAAUCUGACCGGCAGUUAGAGAUCCAGCCCACUUUUUCAGUUCAGGUCAAGGCCUCAAGCAAGAGUUGGGUGUCAUGGACUGCUUCUGUAGCCGUUUUAAAACUAUAAUCUAGAAUGAAUGGAGGCCAGAAGGAGUGAAACUCUUAGCUCACACGAAACAUGCAAAAAUUAGACAAAAAUCUGGAAAAAAAAUUAAAGUUUGGCCUACAAGAGCAGUAUUUCCUUUUCUCUUAUCCUUUUUGAGACCACUUGCAGUAAGCUGUAAGAACACACAUUUCUCAUUUUUGAUGACUGAGAAGAUGUGGCCUCUAAACACCAACGUUAGCUUAAGACGUCCGGUUUGGCUCGUUAGCUCGUCUGCUGAAGAUGAAGGCAUUUCACCUUCAUCAUAUUUAGGUUUCACUUCGUUCUCAAAGGCUAUGAGUCAGGAUAUGAUGAGAAUCAGACUCAACACGCCGAAUCAAAAUCAGACCCAACUCUGCUCCAUACGAACCGCAUCAACCUGAAUCCAUCCCACCUGAGUCACUGUAACAACGCCAUCUGCUGCGUGUAAAUAAAGUAGUGCGGUUUGGUCAUUCAGGAGUCUGUUUCUCAAUCCAUCAGGUGGUUCACAGCAGCAUUAAAACUGUUUGGGGUUCAGCUUUGAUGAUAUAUGUGUCUCAUUGUCCUUUUAGUUCUUAUCGUGUUCUGCUAUUGAACUGAGACAUUUUAGCUUUUAUGAGAUCUCCCCACGUUAUUUAAUCCUGAACGACGGGACACUUUAACAUAUCAAUACCGCUUCGUUUCUUCUCUUCUCAUUUAUUUUUUAUGUUCUUACUCCACCGACCAGGUUCUUUUAUUUUUUUUUUGUGUCUAACUCACAGACACACUAAUAAAUAUAUAUUGCAACACAUGUAAUCUACUGUAAGUUGAACAAUGUUAAGUUUUUUUUCUUCUCUUCUCUGUCUUUGAUUUAUUCAAACGUGUUUCUGUCUUUCUCCGUUGGACAAGUAGCUCGCGUGGAUACAGGGUUUUGUCUUAUUGUGCAAUUAUCUCAUUGAGCUGAAGCUUCGCGAGCAACAAAGCUCGCAAUAUUCACCAAGCCGAUCGCUUGUACGAAGGAUCGGCCUCACACACACUUUAAGGGUUCGUGUGAUUACGUAUCGUAGCCUUACACACACACACAUUACGCAGUGCAGGGAAAAUGAAAAAACAGUGGUGUGCAAAGAAAAUCUGAGGGUCGGGAAUGACAUUGACAAAAGGGCAUUUCAUUUUUAGUUAUAAUUUUUAAAAGGAUGCUGAGUGUUUUAUGCUCCUGUUUUAUGCUGGUUAAGGUUUUAAGGUGUAGUGACACGAAUGAGCUGAGGUGGCGCCGAGCAGACGGCUAGCGCCUAGCGGUCAUCCCAAGGGGCCGUGUUCAGAGUUGCACAUAACUUGAAGCCAUAAUGUUAUUUAAACAAGUGAGUUAUAUUAAAGCCCAGAGGUAGAAUUUCCUUUUCCAUCUCCUAACUAUAAUUUACAGAUUUGUAGUAGAACUUGUAAAGUCACUGGCAUCCUCCUUCAAGUUACCUGGAGAGGAGAUGUGAAGGACACAUAAGCCAAUCACAGGGGCUGAUCAGAAGGGAAGUGGGCCCCCUUCCCCCCCCACCCUGUUUGCACACCACUGCACAAACAAGAGUUUAAGAGACAGCAGUAACCACAUAACCACUCAGCCACUGUAUGUAUGUUGUAUGUUAUUCUUUAGGAUUAAAACAAGGCCAAUUUUUUCUGCUAAUUAACAAGACGGAGUGGCUGUCAAUAUCAGAACACCUUGACUAAUAAGAAUAAAGUCAGAAUUCUUAUUUUUCAACCAGCGCUAUUUCACCCAAAUGUCAGUAAUAUCAUUGAAUUUAAUAAAAACACGUUUUUCUCCGUCUUCUUCAUUUUCCUUAUCUGACUUUUUUUUUUUUUGAGCUACUUGUCUUUUUUGUGGUGACCACUUUUGAGUAUCAGUUAUAGAGCUUUGUACACAUAUACGUUACGUAUUUAAUGAGACAAAACUAAUGUCGAAGAUAGUGUUUUUAGUGUUUUUGCGUCUUGGUACUUUGUCCUUAUCUACCGCUGUAGAUGCAUAUGGAUCAGAUCCCCUGCAGUGCUGUCUCCUCUCGUGCUGUUUCUGCAUUGUGGCAUUUUGUUUGUUUAUUUGUUUGUUUUACCCUUAAAUAUGUUUAGUAUCUUAUCCCUACAGUAUCUGUUGAAUCUGUUGGCUGGGCUUCUGCUUUUGUUCCUGCUUUAAGAAGAUAAAAACAAAACAAAAAAAAAGGUAACAGGAAAAAGAGUUUGGAUUAAAGAUAAAUAUCAGUUUUCUAAGUUUCACUUUUCAGAUAUGUAGCAUUUUGAAUAUUGUUAAGAAGGUGAAGUUGCCACAUAAUUAAUCACAGUUUUCCAGUUGCUUAUAUGAAAAGCAGUGGUGCUUCAUUGACCAUGUAUGUUGUAGAACUUUUAUCACAUCUCAUGGAUCCAUUAACACUAUAUUUUAAUGUUCUCAGCUUUAUGUUGUGCUGACAUUUUCUUUUUUAAACAAAGUUCAUUGUAAUCCAUAUAAUGUGCCUUAUUGUGACUUUAUGGUUGUCUUGACAAGUACUGAGUUUGCCCUUCAAGUGCACAGUUUGUUUCCUGCAGUCUGUAAGAUGAUUUCCUUUGACUCUGAGGGUUAUUGUGUAAAAUCCUAACAUGACAUUAUGUCUUAAAGUUAAACGUUUAGAAAUCCGAUGCUCAUCCGUGUGGCUUGCAGCUCUCAUUCCAAUUUGCAGGUUGACAACUGCAACUGAUUUGGAUUUUUUGGAUCCACCAACCUACCGUCAUGAUUACCAGCCAGUCUGGCCAAUAGAAGCUGACAUGCUUUUGUAAUAGUUGGAAAACACUGAAUUUUGGGAAUAAGAUGUCACAGCUAGGAUGAUUUCCAUAACAAACCCUCAUGUUUUGUAGUUAACAGGUCCUUCAUAGCCUCCUCUGAUACAUUCAUUUAGAUGCUGAUAGAACCGCAGCCUGGACAGGGAAUAUACAACAGCUGCCCUGUUGAUGACGAGUCACAAUCUGUUUAAAGGAGCAGUUCACCCAAUAAUUAAAAUUCAGCUUUUACCUCCUCAGCCCUGUGCGGAUGGAAAGUCGGGUCAAGCUUCUUAGUCCACAAAACAUUUCUGGCGCUUCAGACUUUGGGUGAACUGUUCCUGUGAGGUUUUUAAGGAAACGGAUUCGCCAGUUCAUCGAACAACCUGACAGUCUGGUUGUUGAUGAAGGGUUUUUACAUAAAGGUGAAAAAGAUUUGACUGAGAGGCUCAGAGAGGACAGGAAUGUCCAACACAGUGAGCACCUUUGUUUUUGCAAAUGAACACACAUGUGAAGAUGUUUUGACAAAUCGUGGCUCAAAAAGCUAACAUGAAAGGAGCGCAUUACAGCAGGCAACGUAAAUCAGAUGCUCAGAAAGAUCAGAACCAAAUCACAGUUUAUGUAUGAUGGUAUCUAAAAUAUUUGUUUGGGAGUGCACAUGCGAAAGCACCUGAAAUGACUCCUGAAGCCGUCUGCAGAAGCAAAUCUGGUGACUAAAGCAUUUUCAAAAACACAUUUUUACUGCUAACAAGCCACUUGACAGCAGUAGCAGCACCAGAAACGAACUUCAUCCUGAGAUGAGGAGGAUGCAUCACGCAGCCUCAGCCUACAGCUCAGCCUCAUGAUGCAGUUCACCCCAAAAUCAAAAGUACAGAUUUUUACCUGGGCCAUCUAAUUCGAUCAUAUUCAAGGGAGACACUAAAUCACUUAAAACAUUCUAGAUGAAUAAAUAACUCUAAAGGAGGAGAAAAAUGUAUUGUGAGCCAAAUUUGUUUUCUCUCCCGAUACGUCAGCAGUUAGUUCAGAUCAGACAGCUUUUUAACCAUCGCUCAAAUUAGAAGUUCUGUUUCAAUGUAAACAAACAACAAAAACAAAACAAAAAUUUUGUAUUAAUAAUUAUGUAUAGUAUUUAAAGACUUUAAAAUGUAUGCUGAUUGUAAAAGCAGGUUAAAUUAGAUUUCCAGAAAAGCACCUUAAAGCAUGUUGAGAGAUUGUUUUUAAACCAUUGGAAUUAUUGCCACUGCAGAGUUGCAGUGUGAUAUAGAGCUUAUAUAUAAUAUGGAACAGACCUUAAAAGACCAAAGAGGUUUUAAGACAACAUUAAGUGUCCUGAAACAUGCAAAUGGAAGACUGAGAUUUGAACUAAAUUGUGUUAAUGUAUGUGGAAAGAGUUGGCUGGGUGGAAGUCGAUUUAAAAAUAAAAAUCCCUGCAGAGGGGAAGUCCCGCCCCUGUUUUAAGACGGCUUUUGUUCCACUAGCGUUGCACAGAUAAUUUAGAAUAGCUCAAAAAUGUUAUAAAAAUGUUGAUAAAAGUGCUGCUUUGUUGGCGUUCAAGAACAACACCUUUGCGAGUCUUCUCAAGUGUGUUUUUGUAUCCUAACAUUGUUUUAUCUUUGCUAAAAUUAUUUGGUUUUCUUUAAUCUUAAGAAAGAUAAACUAAAGAAAGAAGACUCAAAGAACAGGCAAAUGUAUUUAGAGAGAAUCCAUUGAGAAACGCACGCUAGUAGCACAGAUGCUCACUCAAAAUGGGCGGGGCUUCAGUAGUUUAAAGAGUUUAAUUCGCCAGUCGUAGCACUCAACACACUGUGCUGCUUGAAGGGUUUCCCUCAGAUGGUGACAAAAUGUUUCAGGAGUUAAUCUGCUCAUUCAUUGCACUUGCUCUUUGAAGGCACCAUCAGCGUUUUGUCUCGCGUCUCAUCUAACUACUGGGUUUUUGUUUUUCCUUAUGGGAUCCAUGUUCAGCUACUUGUAUUCUGUUUUUUGUCAGUGUCAUACAGUACAGUUAUAUUAGCUGAUUUAGCAUUUUUUUAACAUGCUAAAAAUUCUAUUCAUAUUGAUCUUAUUAUUAUCAUAUAUUGUUAUCAUUGUUAUUACUGGGGAAUUUAACCCGAUAAGUUUGUGUUUCUGCACUGAUAUCUCAUUAUUAAAGCAUACUGAUCUUACCCUCCCUCA